AUGAAUGAACUGGUUUUUAUUUUUUAUUUUUUGGUAAAAAAAGUGAAUGGACUAGUUACAUGGGUGAGUGAAUGGACUAAUUAAUUUUAAACCAACCAAAUUCACUCUUCAUCUUCUCUCUCUCUCUCUCUCUCUCUCUCUCUCUCUCUCAAUCUCUUCUCGCUAAACAUCAACCAUGGAUGGCGAUGACGGAGCUGUUCGAGUAGUAGUCUUGCCACCACCUGGCAUGGGUCACCUUAUCCCCUUCGGCGAACUCGCCAAGAAGCUCGUCAGCCGCCACUCCAUCUCCGUCACCUUCAUCACCUUCUCCAAGUUUGCUUCCAAAGCUCAGAAGGCCUUCUUCGAUGCCCUCCCUCCAACCAUCACCUCUAUCCAUCUCCCUCCCGAUUCUCUCGCCGACAUCCCUUCCGACGCGAGAAUCGAGACUCGUCUCUCCAUCGCCACCCUCCGCUCCCUCCCCGCCCUCCGCUCCAUCCUCCAAACCCUACAGCAAAACGCUCAUGUUGUAGCCUUCAUCGCCGACCUCUUCACCACGGAUGCGUUUACUGUUUCCAAACAACUCGGCAUACCUUCCUUCUUGUUCUUUCCUUCCAACUUGUUUACCCUUUCCCUGUUUCUUCACUUGCCUGAGUUGGACGCUUCAACGACGUGCGAGUUCCGGGACCUGCCGGAACCACUGCAGCUUCCUGGUUGCGUGCCGAUGCCCGGUUCCGAGCUACUUCAUCCUAUCCAAGACAGGUCCAACGACUGUUACAAGUGGAUGGUACACCAUGGCAGGCGUUUCCGAGAUGCUGACGCAAUUCUCGUCAAUACCUUCAAAGACAUCGAGCAAGAAACGGCCAAGAUCAUUAACAAAGAAGACAUCAAGUGGCCACCGGUUUAUUUAGUCGGUCCGCUGAUCCAGUCCUGCUCACCCGACAUCGAACUAGUCAACUGCUUAUCUUGGCUCGACAAACAACCAAAAGAGUCCGUUCUGUACGUGUCGUUUGGUAGCGCUGGCAGACUGACAUGCUCCCAGAUGAAAGAGUUGGCCUGCGGGUUAGAGAUGAGCGGGCAGAGAUUCCUGUGGGUGGUCCGGACCCCGUCCGACAUUGAAUCCGACGCCAACUACUUCAAUUCAAUGAUCAUCGACGACCCUGUUGCGUUUUUGCCAGAAGGGUUCGUGGAGAGGACUAAGAAUGUGGGUUUAUUGGUGCCGUCGUGGGCGCCGCAGGUGCAGGUGUUAGCGCACGGAGCGACUGGUGGGUUCUUGUCCCACUGCGGGUGGAACUCAACGCUUGAGAGUGUGAUGCAUGGCGUACCCAUGAUAGCGUGGCCCUUGCAUGCGGAGCAGAGAAUGAAUGCUGUGAUGCUGACGGAAGUUGUGAAGGUGGCGUUGAGGCCGGUGGUGGCGGCGGAUGGGAUUUAUAAGAGUGAGGAGAUAGCGAAGGUCGUGAAGGCGUUAAUGAUGGAAGGAGAGGAAGGGAAGUGUGUGAGAGAGAAGGCGAAGGAGCUUCACGUGGGUGGAACCAGAGCACUAAUGGAGGAUGGGGACUCUUGUCAAGCAAUUGGUGAGCUGGCUAAUAAAUGGACAUCCAAAGUCCUGACAUCCGUGCAUGAUUCGUAGCUUGUAGCGGGCGCGUAAUUAAUGUGGUUACUUUCUUUAUGAUAUGAUAUGUACUACUAAUAAGCUUUUAUAAGCAAAAUAUAAUUAAAUUAGAGCUAAUGCUUGCCACUAAAACCAAUGAAAAUUGUGACGUAUUUAUUUUAUUGA